UGUCUCUCUGUAUUUAAAAGUCGGCCCUUUCCUUUCAAGGCUGAGAUUUUCUUCAUCAUUUCAUCCAACUUCAAUUCUCUUCUGUUCUUCUGCACUCUGCCCUGCGGAAUUCUAAUUAUUGCCGGUUUUUCCCCCCGAUCACCAGGUUAACUAGAACCUACUGGUAACAUGGGUGAAUCAUUUACAAUACAAAUCAGCAGCAACUUAGUCAGGAACCUUGUUGAUGAUGGUGAGAAGGUCAAGAAGAAAACAAGAAAGCCAAAAUCAAAGGUUCCACGAGAACCACCUCAACCCCAGACAGUGCCUCCGAAUCAGCUAUCUGAUGAUACAGAGACAAUUAAAGCCGCCCCUUUGACUGGAUGGCCAAUUCAGCCUCCUUCAUACUAUCCUAUUCCACCUCAGAAACCUGCAAACACAGAAUUAGAUGCCAUUUGGUCUGUCCUCCAGGAGAGUGAAAAGGUUGUCGAGAGGUUGCAGAAGCAGGAAGAAAACAUGCUACAGGAGGUCACCCAAAGAGCAAAGGAUCUCCACGAUAAAGAAUUUAAGCUUCCAAGUCGAAAGCCCAUGCCCUGUUUGGAUCAGAAAGAUGCAUGUUUGAACUGCUACAAGGAACAUGUCAAGGACCCCCUGAAAUGUGCUCAAUUUGUAAAAGAUUUUGCAGAUUGUGCACGCAGAGUUAGGCAGCAAGUCGGCGCAGAGAAGAAUUAGGUACUUUUUGGUGAGAAUGUGUAUCGAGUCCUUUUUGUUGCAUUCAAUGAACCUUUGUUCUCGCUCUUUGCUCAAACAGUCUAUUACUUGUUCGUAGGUAGCGGACAAAAAGUUUGGACGGGUUAUGCAUGGUGAAAAUUCUUGGAAGAGUUAUAUUUUCAGAUUCAUAUGAUUCUGCAAUAUCUCUCUCUUUUUCCCUUCGGCGUUGUUUCAAGUGAAAAGCUGAUGAUUGAUAAGUAGUCCUGAUUAAGGAUUACCAGAGUGUAUGAACCUGUUUAGGAAUUUAGGAUACUAGAACUCACAUAUGUGAGACAGUUGACAAACUUUGAAUAAGUUCAUAACUCAAGCAAUUAUGACCCUUUUGAAGCUUCAUGGUCUGUUGCCAGUACAACUGUAUCUUAUGUUGUACUGAAUUCAUUUAAGUUUUGUAUUGAAUAACUUUGGCUGGUGAGUAGCUGCCUGGCUGUAACUACUCUAUUUUUGAAUUGAUGAUUAUAUCACUUCCUUUAUUAUCAUCA